AUGGAUAAACUUUUACGUGAGCGAAAAUCACUAGAUGCGCGACUUAAUCGAGUAUCUCUAAACUAUGAGCAACUUCGUAAAAACGCAGAUCUAGACGAGAUUGACAUCCAGACGGAGUUAGAUAACCUCCUCGAAAUUUGGAAGCUUUAUUUAUCUGUUCACAAGCGUAUGGUGGACUGUUCCAGUGAUGAGGAGAUGAACGAGGUGCUUGAGCAUCAGUCGGUAUUUAAGGGACAAUUUUCUACACUAAAAAGUUCCCUGUUGAAGCUCCGAAAACGGUUCGACUUUUCGUCGACACGCCAUGAUGCCGCUCUGUCGCAAGACAAUGGGGACGCUAUUCGUAUUUUGGCAGAGCAACAAGCUGAAUUCAUGCGACUUAUUUCCAGCAAUCUUAAUACAUCAGUGAAUGUAUCCCAACCAUCCGCUGUUCCAGUGCAAAACAUCGUUCCUCAUACGGAUAUCAAGCUACCGCGUAUGAAUUUACCUACCUUUAGCGGCGAAAUUCUCGAAUGGCCGUCCUUUUUCGACCUAUUCGACAGUGCAGUGCAUAAAAAUGCGACUCUUCAUGAUAGUCAGAAGCUCUACUUCCUUAAGACAAAUCUUGUUGGCGAAGCAGCGGCUUUACUAUCGCAUUUACGAAUCGAAGAUGCCAACUAUAGGCCCGCGUUAGAAAAAUUAAAGGAGCGAUACAACAAACCACUCGAGAUUGCUGCGCACCACAUUCAUCGGUUUUUAUCUCAGCAACCUAUGACGUCACCAUCUGCAGCCGGCUUACGCACAUUACAUGUGUCCGAUGUGUCCGAUGAAGUAAUUAGAGCACUGAAAGCCAUGAACCAAGAAGGGAGAGAUGUUUGGUUACUGUAUAUUCUGACCGAAAAACUUGAUCCAGAAACCAAGCAGCUUUGGUGUCGUAAAAGGUCAGAGUUAAGGGAUGAGGGGAUUACUUUGGAAAAUUUCCUGAAAUUUGUAGAUGCACAGAGCGGUGCACUCAAAAUCGUUACAGCAUUUCGACCGAGAAAGCCGAUGUACUCAAUGCCCAACAAAACGUUCUCCCGAAGCCCAACAACACUGGUUGCAACCGGACAGCAGUCACUCUCAUCCGUGUGCGUUUUUUGUACAAAAUCACCACAUCAGUUGUAUCAGUGUGGCAAAACCUUUGUGAGAAUUGCCUUAAGCAGCAUAAUGGAGAACCCUGCCAAUCCGGCAACUGCCGAAUAUGUAAUCUCGCACAUCACACUCGCCUACACGACGCUUUGCAACUACCAAGACCGUCAAUGCAAGGUAGUGCCACUGAUGCCAUAA